GUGUUAUUCCCAUCAAUCGCCAACAUUCCUUCACGUUUCGUAGCCAGGGUCAGUUCUAGCAGCAAGUCAUUCUGUGCAACGUGCUAGCUGAUAGGCGAUUUUUGCUGGCAUUAUCCUGUUCCCGUUUAGCCAAGCAGAAAGACAAUUUUUUUUUAAUGAAGUCUUGUUCUGAUGCACUUCGUUCUAAUCGGAUCAGUGGCUUUGUUUUUUUUUUUUUUUUGCUUGGUGUGAUUUUUGAGGGCAUUAUGUUGAGGAAAUUGAGCGGAGCGUUGUUUCUGGUCAUUGGACACAAGGGAGCUCUCUGCGGAGAUUUUUAGGGUUUGAGCAAAAGACGUGAUUUUGGAAUGCUGGAUUGUUGAUAAGUUGCUUUGAUCUUGUUUGUAGCUGUCGUUGAGGUCUGUGGGAUUGGAACUGAUUUCGGGAAGGAGAUAAGUUCGGGACUAUCUGCAAGGAGGAAGGAUUCCGAAUCCUUGUUGAUGUCACAUUUGCAUGCACUGAAGGGUUUUGUAACCUUAAGGUUUAGAAAGAGUACAAGUGGGUCUGUGGUCCCUGCUCUCCAUCGUAGUUGGAGCCAGUUGGUGGAUGCUAAAGUUACUCUUUGCCAACUGCAGCAAUACAUGACUCCCAUCAGGGAAAAUUCUCUGUACCGCUUGUGGAUUCUAGCUGUCCGAGGUGAUUGUUUGCCCAUGGGGCAGGUCAGCUCUGCUGUCGCAGGGCGUGGAAACACGGAUGAGAAUGACUAUGAAAGGGCAAUGGAAGGAAUUGAUAAGGGUUUGAAGGGAAUUGAGACGUAUGAAUGUUCUGUCAGUGUGAUCAACUUUUCGAAAGUAGUCACUGAUGUGAAUAGAAGCGUGGAAGGCCAGGUUGAGCAGAAGGCUGCUGCAGAAGAAUUUACCAAAGCAGAUGAACCAGUGAAGGCAUCGGGGACUUUGGUGCGUCCUGAGGAUGCAAUGGCCAGCGAAUUGGACGAGAAACUCGAAAAGGAUAUUGUCUCAGGAGGCAAUGAAGCCGGCAAACCUAAUGAGGCUGAAAAUGUAACCGAAAAAGUUGUAAUUGAAGAUGAAGCUAGAGCUCAGGACUUGGCUGUGGAAGAGCUUGGAGAACCUCCUGAAAGGCCACUUCCAGGCGAUUGUUGUGGCUCGGGAUGUGACCCUUGUGUGUGGGACACUUACAACGACGAAUUAAGGGACUAUCUUGCUCGCAAAAAGGCGGUGCUGGAGAAAUUCAAGUAAUGUGCUGAAAAUCAAGUCCUAUGUGUCCGUUUCUCUUCUUCCUUCGACGUUUAUACAGGAACAUUGCCUCGCCCUUCUCCGAUGACAUGCGCAUAAAUGAUCGAUGAUCAGUAGACUGUGUUGAUCUUGCAACGCUAACAAAGCAGAGCACUAUAACCUUAAACGGAAUGUGGGAAUUUAUUGCCUGGUAUGUCUCUUAACGACGUAACAGACGCAUUUUUUUUCUUAAUUCAUUCCUUGUCCAAGUUCAUGCUUGUAAGUUAUGCUUCAAUGAAAACGGUUCUUCAGAAUAAGACCAUGUCAAGACACA